UGAAGGUCUCCUAUUGGUACACCUGUACUGAUGAGACGCCCUACAUUUGGAAUAUGGAAGGUGUAUGUACUUUCCAGUGAUCUAGACAUUCAGACUGCUUCAUUAUUCUUCUCAUUUCAUACAUAAGUGCAUACUGUUGUAAAUUACCAGUUGGACCAUGGCUCUUGAGAAUGUCGGAGAUGCGGUGACUCUUAAUGACAAACAAACAGAAAAACAGCUUUCUCCUGAGGGAACACCCACUGACACACAAAAUGCUGUAUCAGGAUUCAGAACAAAGCUGAAGUUACCUGAAUACAGGAGAAGAUGUCUGAGAACUCUGUGGCUUGGACUCAGUUUCUGUGCACUGGGAUUUGCGGUUGGUCAGAGAGGACCUGCUUUCCUGGAUAUUCAGAUUAUCACACAGACAGAUGUAAAAUCUGCAUCAUUCUUCUUUACUGCUGCAUCUGUUGGCUAUUUGGUGGGAUCUUUGACUGCAGGAAUGGUCUAUGACAAGCUUAACAAGUCACUUCUGUUAAUCAUGUCAUUGCUGGGAUUGUCUUUCACCACCAUAGCUUUGCCAUGGUGCUCACCCUAUGUUCUCAUGAUCAUGAUCCACUUUCUUUGUUCCAUGUGUGCAGGAUCUGUUGAUACAGUUGGAAAUGCAGAAUUGGUAAGGAUCUGGGGCAAUGAAGGUGAAAUGGCCAUGCAGUUUCUCCACUUCGCUUUUGCCUUUGGAGGUGUGAUUUCUCCAUUAAUAACUGCACCCUUCCUGACGCCAGUCCCAGAAGAAGACGGUCAAGGUUUGGAGGCAAACACAUCAGUUUUGUUGAGCAAUGCUUCUUCAAAUGGAACUAAUAACAAUACUGGCCCUGCACUGCCACUGAGUACUGAUGUGCACUAUGCCUUCCUCAUAUCUGGGAUCUUUAUGUUUUUACCAUCUCUUCCACUUACUAUGCAGUGGUUUACCGACAGAUCGGAAAAAAGAAGGCAAAGUGCAUUAGAUGAGAAAAAGGCAGUUAAACAACCAUUACCUUCAAUCCUAUUUAUAUUUGUUUUGCUGAUGCUUUGUUUGAUGUACUUUUUGUACUGCUCGGUGGAGGACACUUUUGCAGCUUUCUUGUCUACCUUUGUUGUGAAACAUCUGUUAUGGAGUAAAGCUAUGGGAGCAGAGAUUACUUCUGUUUUUUGGGCAUCUUUUGCUUCCGCCCGAUUCCUCUCCAUUUUUGUGGUGCGUUAUGUUUCAUCUGUCAAACUCCUGUUUAUUUGUUGCACAAUGAUGGUGUUCUCAGAGUUUGGGUUCUUGUUAUCAUCUCAAUUUCAUUUUACAAUAGGAGUGUGGGUGUGCACAGUCUUGGCAGGGAUUUCCAUGUCAUCUAUCUUUCCAACAGGAUUUUUGUGGAUGGAAGAAGAGUUUGUUAGAGUAACAGGCCGUGUAGCUUCCUCCAUCCUUGUAGCCUCAUCCUCAGGUACCAUGGUGAAUCCUAUUGCUCUUGGUGCCCUCAUGCAGAACUUAACACCAAUGUGGUUUCCAUAUCUUCUUUCAUUUGAAUCUCUUUUGUGUUUAUGUGUUAUGUUUUUCCUCUUUUGUCUGAGUCGGCUCUAUCUGCGUAAACAUUAUAUUAUUUCUGAAGUACGUACACUAGAAAUAGUUGCUCCCACACUUGCAGUGGAUGGAGAUACUACCCAUGAAACAGCUGAUGUCUAAAUUAUUAGAGAAUGAUAUUUUGUAAGUACCAAUUUAAGGGUGUUAUGUGUGCUUGUUUAUUCCAUCGACUAUAAACUUUUAGCAGAUUUUGUUUUUUUACCUUUUAUUGUUAUAUGAUUGUUUAUGGCUUGUGACCGUAAAGGGAAGAAGAAUUAUUUCAGUUUUUGUUUUUUCUUCCCCAUUACACUUAUUGUCUAGACCUUUUGACAAGACAUUAUUGUCUCAGAUUUGAAUUUAAGAUCAAUUUUUAGAUUAGUAGAAAUAGUAUCCGCCUCCAUUAAAAUAGUAACAUGGCAUCUUGGGUUGGAAUACAUUUCUGGUGGGAUACAUAUCUCAGAGAGAAGAUAUCUAAACAGAUCAUGAGCCAACAAACCUAUCAUAGAGAAACUGUGAAGUUUUUUUUUUGCAUUGUAUAUAUAGCAAGAGGAGUUUGAAAGACUACAGAAGUAAACACAUUUGUGCUAGAUCUUACUUGAAGAUACUCUGUGGUUUGUCUUGGUCCUUGCCAAAAGAAAGAGAUCUGAAGCAUUUAAUGAAUAUUCAUAUCUUUGGUAAAACUAGGAGAGUGUGUUGUGCGUGUUCCUUGAACUUUUGAAACCAUCAUCAAAAUGCUAACACAUUUCCCAAAAAGUUAAUUUCCUGUUGUUUUCAAAGACGUAGACCUUAGGGAAAUAGUAAUUUAUUGUAAAUGUUGCUCUAGUGAGUUCAAUUUUAUAAAAUACAGCUUAUGGUCUGCUUCAGCUAGCAAAUGCCCCUGGUUUAAUACAGCUAGUCUACCUCCAGGUACUACUGCGUUCAGCAUCAAAAUGCUCUACGCUACUGAGUGUAAUCAUUUCAGCUGAUCUCGCCAAAAAUAUUUGCUUAUACAAAAUACAGAAAUGUAUUUUACCCAGAAGUAACCCUGCAUUUAAUUUUUUUUAAAUCUGUUUCUACUCCAGAACUCACAGAUGAUUAAAUUAUUUGAGCUUAUUAUUAAGUCAACAAUACUAUACUACUUUUGCCAUUUUAUCUCUGUAACUAUUUCAAGGUUUUGAUAUUACCAGCAUCUUGGUGUCUGUGAAUGCAAAUAAGGGCCAAAGAGGCUUCUUUGUGAAAGGGCAUUAGCAUGAGGAGUCUACAAUGAAUCUAUUGUUUUAAAUAUACUGAGAAGAUUUGUUCAUGAAUGCAGCAGAACUUUAUUAUACACCAUGUACCUUGUGUUGCUGGGACAAGGCAUCUUGAAAAAUCAUGCUCAAGACUUUUACUCAAAAAAUUUUCUGUAAUGAAAUGAAAAUGAAACAAAAAAAUAAAAAAAGGAAACUAAGCAAUAAGAACUGCUUUUAAGAUUCCUAUCUGUAUUAUUAAAAAGAACAGCCAACCAGCAGUAUUCAUUUCAUGCAGAUUACUUCUGAAUGUUAUACUAUAAAAAAAGAUAGCAAGUGGGAAAUGUAGCCCUUAUAAUUGUUUGAGUUUUACAUUAAUAAAUCAGUUUUCUUUAAAAGUUCUGUUUCAGAAAAUGUAUGGCAUUUAGCAUCAGUGCAAAUAUUCAAUGAUGAGUGCAAUGACUACUUGUCAACAACCAGCCAACCAGUUCAUGCAAUCAAGCAGUUUCACAGCAAUCUCAAUUCUUCUCAUCUUUCAAAUAUUUAAUGAUGUAAUUGCGGUGCCAUAUUUUUAUUUAUGAGUUUACACAUUACAGACCAUGGGGCAUGCAAUCUGUGCAGUCAGAUUUGUGUCAUAGGUGAGCAUGUACAUUUACACAUCAUACAUGUAUAUCUGAGCAAACUGUGCAUAUACAAAUGCACACAAAGUCAAUUGCAGACCUUUAUACCUUUCAGUCAUUAGUGUUUUCUAGGACUUUUCCAAUAAAUAUUUUGUUGUGCAGAAUGUCAGUUUACCUGUAAGUUAUAUAGAUGCUUCUUAUUGUUAUUAUGUUUUUGAUUUAAGAAAUGGAUUUUAUGUUGCCUGUUGUCUCUCUAUUUCCAUGGUUACCAUCUCAAGAUUUCACUCAUCUUGCUAGUUUUUCCAUCGUAAGAUAUGUAAUGUGUGUUCUUAUCAGUGGGACUAGAGUCAGAUUCUUUAACUUGAAGGUAUCUUUAUAAGGUUUGCUUGUAUAUUUGUUAUAAAAUCUGAUGAUCUUUUGUGGCUGUUGUUAUAUAAUCUGACCUUGCAAGCAUAGUAUCAAUAGCUAUAAUUUCAGUGUUGAUUGGGUUAUUUGGGGUUCAACACUGUCUUUCAGUUUUUAGUGGCCAGUGUUAUUCAUACACCCAUACAUUCCCUUGACCAGUACCAAAUGAUGAGCAGUUGUGCUGGUCCGUUAUAGUACUAAUAGUUGGAAAGGGCAGAUGGACAGACUCAGUGGCAAAGGCGUGAACAGAAUCAACCUACCUGAAAUGAUAAUACAGCUGAUGAAGGCAUCAACUACUUCCCUGCAUAGAAGGAGGCAUAUGCCAUGGCUGUGUUUACUUUUCUCCAUAUAAACUAUACCAGAACCUGUGGCCUGUGUCAGUUGCUGUCUCCCAAAGCCUGACCAUCUAACGGCUCUAACCUCUGCUAGUCCCGCAAUGUCCCACUGGUAUCUUUCCUGUUUAUGGGUGAGUUUUUUUCACUUUGCAAUGCUGGUGUAAUGAACAGACGUUUAAAAUACCAAUGAAAGUUCCUUCUCAGCCUGGCGGGUUAGCAAAUGAACGAUUGUGGUAAUUUUUAGAAUCCUCCAGUAAGCAUCAGCUCAUUCGAACAGUAAGCAGCACUAGCGUGUAUUACACAUUUCAAGACUUACAGAGCAGGAUGGCAGAUUGCUUCUACAUUUUGUACAUUCGGUCUGAUUUUUUUUCAGAUCCAGCUAACAUGGGUUUAAUAAUAAAUAUCAAGAAAUAAAAAGAAUUAACACACUUUCAAUGAGCAUACUCCAAGCAGCCACAUGGAAAGGUUAUAAACAGCAUUUAAAAAAACAUAAGUAGGUGUUAUUUCAUUUUUAUUAAGUGAUAGGAAAACAUACAAACUGAAGAUUCAGUCUAAGGAGGAUUAAAAGUACACGUACUGCAGCAUGCCUAAGAAGUGAUCUCAAAAGGUGGUUGAGUGAAAAAGAGAGGUGAACAUAUCAACAAGCAUUUUUACAUUUUACCGGUGCGCAAACAUUUUUAUCUACUGCAGUGUUAUGCUUAGCUUAUUGUAUAUGUUUCUGAAGUCCAUAUCUGCAAGGGAAAACAAAUGAAUAAAUCGAAAAUAAAAACUUG